AUGGAGCCAACACUUCCUUCGAUUUGUGAGCGGCUAGCUGCUCUGGAGGCGUGCUAUCCCCGUAUCGAAAGCUUGGCUGUUGCCGCUCAAUUCCUCUCGCUGUUGCUGAGAUGGUUGUUUUUGGACGCCAAUCGACCAGUCGACGAAGACCUUGUCGCUAUUCCCUUCUGUUCCCAGCUUCUCCACACUCAGCCAAGACUAUAUCAUACAAUGCAACGGGCAAGACUCGCUGCAGACUGGACGCUGGUGAAGAAUUCACCGUUCAUCCCACCCUUCGUUUCAUCACUUGCAAGGUCAUUUCUGGAUCCAUUUCGCAGCGACAUGAAGAUUGCCAUCAACGGUGGGCUUUUAGAGCCUUGGGAGCCACGGAAACACACCGAUUACACAGACGAGGCAACGUUGGCGUUUUUGGAAUCUCUCCACCUAUAUCAAGAAUCAAAGUAUCUAUCCAUCAUUCUACACAACUUGGGAGGGUUCUGCCACGAUGAUAUUCUUCAUGAACGCGUCUCGAAUAUUUUCACACCAACAAACAAAUUUCUGGUCAAUGCAUCCGGAACUGGGAAGACCCGACUUUGCUAUGAAGGUCUUUGCUCUAACUGGGGUUUUUACCUCAGCGUCCAUAUCGAUAGCGGCCGUCUUGGGUCCUACGAUCUGCAAAUGCUGCUACGCGAGUGCCAGUUCGAUUUUAGGAUGGGCGAUGUGCCUCAAACAACACAGGUUGUGACCAAUAUGUUUGGUGCCAUCUUGUUGAGCCGGCUUAUGGUCUUCUUGAUGUUUUUGCAAGAGGCGUCGAUUGAUGAUGCAAAAUUUUCCAACGAGACAAAGAAACGGUGGCUCGUGACGCAACUGCGGCCGAGAAAUAUCGCUGAAAGGAACACGGAACCUUUCGAGGAACUGGCAAGAAAGCUGCUGGAGCAUGAUUCUACCUACCUGGCCGAAAACAUAACUAUCGCACUUCGCAAAAUCCGUACCUUCAUUGGCGAAGACCCACUGUUUCUGGUGUUGGAUGAAGGGAGUUAUGCUGUCGAUAUGUUCUCGUACCAGUUGUGUGGCACAUCUCUCCUACAAAUAGCACUUCAAACGUGGAUGGAUCUAACGAAGGGACAAUGCCCAAUCAUCUGCGCCGGAAUCAAGAUCCCAAAAGAGCGAUUCAAGGAUGGAGCUGGCAGCGAUUUCGCUUGGACCUCAAACACUGGUUCAUUUGAUGACCCUCUUCAGCAAGAACAAUACGUGGCUCAGUUUCUACCUUCGGCUCUGCGUGAGUCUCCUGCGGGCCAUUUUCUAAUAGCGAGAGCUUGGCGCUGGCUGCGCGGCAGACAUCGGUUCACAGCAACGUUCAUUGCUUUCCUGCUCUGCGAAGGUCUGCAUUUUCCGCACACGCGUUUCGAUAAAUAUAUGGAGCAUGCUGUCUCCUUCCGACCGAUGGAUGCAGUCGAGUACGUAGGGGCUGAAGGGGAGGCGCCAAUUUGGGCAGCAAGCUUUUAUCCAAUCAAAAUUCGUGGAGUGUCUGAAGAGGACAAGAACCUAUUUCUCGAAAUCCUAUUGCGUUAUUUGGCGACCCACAAUGCCUCGCCACUGCUCGGAGAAGAUCAAAUUCCUCUGAUGUAUCGCGAUUUAGCGCGUUUUCAGGAUGGAAACUUCACGGAGUUGGCACUCGAUGAACCGACGCCGCUUCUCGUUAUCGCAAGGACCUUAUUUCCCUUUCCGACUCGACCAAUAUCAGGAGGGCCAAACGAAAAUCCGGCAACCUUCAUUCAGAGCCUUCGUCGAAACAUCCCUCGAACAUCAGAAUCUCUGACCCACUAUCUUGUCUUUUAUCUUACCCAGGCUUUGGGUAAGAGUAACCGUCUGGAUCGAAUCUUCUCUUUUCCACGUGGUUCUCCGCAAUGGGCGACAAAGCCUGCAACUCUAGUUCGUUUCUACCGAACAGAGUCCGACGAGGUAGAAUGGUCUCCGGUGGCUGCAGACGACUUUGAAUCUUUCCGACCACUUGCCCAUCAGGCGGUCUCCAUAGAGGACACUCUUUCGUGGAUGGAACAUCGUGUGGGCACCGUGUUUUGUUUACCGCAUUCAUCAAACGCCAACUUACUCUUCGCCAUCCAACUGGCUGAUGGAAACUUUGUCUGGGUAGCGUUGAAGGCGUUGUUAACCCAAGAACCUGUGCGACCUUCGGAUCUGCAAGCGACACUGUCAGUUUUGAAUGCUCAGGCAUUCUUCAAAGAAGUUGACGACACCACCCAAUCUCACUUGCAGCGCGUCUUUGAUGCUCUCCCCAAUAGCGGCAGCUGCAGGGUCUUGCGCGCCAUAUGUGCCUUUCCAAUCGAAAUACCCAGGGAGGAUGCGGUCACUCUUUAUGAAGACAUCGACACCACCGACGUUGCCAUCGUUAACAUCUCCGCCUUCGAAUCCCGUCCUUCCCAAGUCAUGCAAACAGACCUAUUUGAUGCCAUCGUUGCGGGAGUGCUUGCGGGUCACAAACGCAAAUCGCGCUGGGAGAGCAGCGAUGAGAACACGCGGUGGGCGAGUAGGAAAAGGCUUAAGUUGGAGUAUCUCACUGAACGAGAGCAGAAGUAUGUUACGUGGCCGGAGGCGAGGUGGGAUGGGCCGAUUGUGUAUGAGGAAGAGUUUGAGGAGGUUGAAGAGAUGCCCAUACAAACCAGAAGAAAGCCGACGCAACGUAGCAAGGGGAGCAAGAAGGUGGAAGCGUCAACGAGGCAGAGCAAACGAAUAAGCAAGUCCGUCCCAGCCAGAGCCCACAAGCUGUCUGUCGAGGACAGCAAUGCCGCUCGUCACCGGCGCAAAAAACUUACGACCGCCCAGUCUACCCGUGGCGGUAAAGCCAAAGAAGCGGUAGCGGAUGACGACACAACUAAGCCUCCUGCGGAGAGUAGCAGAAAACCUGGUACGAAACGAAAGACACCACCUGUCGAUGAACCAGAAGUCGUCACCAUAGAUCUUGACAAAACUCCAGCACAAAACACGCGCAGUAGAUCCAAGCAAGUCUGA